AACAAGCUGUGAAAUUCAGAAUCUCUUAGCAGAGAAGUGAAAAUGAAAUACUGUGAGAAAGCGGGGGCGUGGUUGAGAGGGGCGAAGCCAUACCUGCUGAUGGUAGGGCUGCAAUUCGGGUCGGCGGGCAUGUACAUUAUGGCCAAGGACGCUCUCAAUAAGGGCAUGAGCCAUUACGUCUUCAUCGUCUAUCGUAACGCCAUUGCUGCCUUGUCUCUUGGCCCCUUUGCUCUCGUUCUUGAGAGGAAAGUGAGGCCCAAAAUGACGUUUCGGAUUUUUUCAGAGAUUAUGGCGCUGGCUUUUGUCGAAGUAAUACUGGAUCAGUGCUUCACCCUCUUGGGUAUGAAAUUAACUUCGGCCUCCUUUGUAGUUGCCGUGAUGAACACUGUGCCCGCCAUUACCUUUGUGCUGGCAGUCCUUCUUGGAAUGGAGAGGAUGAAGAUGAAGGAGAUUCGAUGCCAAGCAAAGGUGAUGGGGACGGUGAUAACAGUGGGAGGAGCCUUAUUGAUGGCACUGUACAAAGGACCCAUCGUGGACGUCGCAAGCGGAUCGUCAGGCCACCCCGAGAACGUCAGCGACCCCGCCGGCUCUCAAUGGCUGCUGGGUUCUUUCGUGGUCCUCGUCGCCUGCAUCGCCUUCUCCGGUUUCUACAUUUUGCAAGCGGUGACACUGAGGAAGUACCCGGCGGAGAUGUCGCUGGCCACGUGGAUAUGCCUGGUGGGGUCAUUCCAGAGCGCGGGAGUGGCGGCUUACAUGGAACGACACCGUCCUCAGGCGUGGUCCGUGGCCUGGGAUUCCACGUUCUUCGCCCCCGCCUACUCGGGGAUAGUGACGUCGGGGAUCCAAUAUUACGUGCAAGGGGUGGUGAUGAGGAGGAUGGGCCCAGUGUUCGUGACGGCUUUUAAUCCGCUGAGAAUGAUCAUCGUGACCAGCCUCGCGUGCUUGUUGCUGUCGGAGCAGCUCCACCUGGGCAGCAUAAUUGGGGGAGUAGUGGUGUCCGUGGGGCUCUAUCUGGUAGCGUGGGGCAAAUACAGAGAAUUCAAGGAUGUCAUGCCACCCUCCCCUGCCAAGGACAGUACUCCCCAUUGGCCUGAGCAGCAGCUACCCGUAACCAUGACCCCCACAGCUGUGGAUCAUCCCAAUCCUCAUGAAUCCAUCGUCAUCUGUGACCAAAACACCUGCCCGGACUCCACAAUUUCCAACAAUACCCAACAACCACAGUCUUCGUGACGCCCGGCCGCGUCCGAAAUAAUAACGGACUUCAUUUUUGUCCCCUUUUCAUUUUUAAAAUUUUAAAUUACCUCAGCUCAUGGAUUUACAGAUCCCCCUUCUCACCCUAAACCUGUUUUUGUUUCAGUGAGUGGCUUAAGCACUGCGUUUCACUUAAUGAAUGUCUCAAUUACGGCCGUUGAAUUUCCUCAAUAUAUAUUUGCAAAUUAUUAAAGCAUAUUUCCCUCUAAAAUUCAAAGCAAGCAUAAAUGUCCCUUCCAAAAGUUUGAGAUUUGAUAUUUUCUGAAUAUUAUAUGAAAAAGUCUUUGAUAGCUGUUCGAUUAAAUUAAACCAUUGUUUUUGUGUCACAUGAGACGUUCAUUAAAUAAGCGUACUAAUUAAGUCACUCACUAGAUUUAAAUCCAUUCGUAUGAUCCUUUUCUUUAAGAAACAAUAAAAAUAUAUAAGAGGUCCGAACAGCAACGAGGCCGCUGGUGCUAAAGAAUAACAGAAAAAGGAAAAUAACGACUGAGCCUGCAAGAAUAGCAAAGCCAAUAAACAACCAAACGAGGAGGACGGUGCGGUGGGGACGAUAGAUGGAAAAGGCGAGCCCUAUGUGAACCGUGAAGUGGCUAUAUCCAAUAUAAUAUAUACAUGGACAUCGUAAUCCCAUUAUUAUAAAAGAUAAAUUCAAUUAAUCCUGUAUUUGCAUGCUUAUAGUGACACAGUACGUAUCUCCUAUCCCAAAAUAUUUAUUUGAGAAAUUGUGAAGCCAAAUUCGAAUAGUUCA